AUGGAGACUCAGGGAGAGGCACCCUCAGAAUCAAGCGGUUCAGGCCUCAAGUCACCCCGCUCGCCGGCUGACCCAGCGGUCAAGGUUCUGCGGCGCAGAAGUCGCGAAUUGUGGCUAGCAGCCACAACUCGCCCGCCACCAGACACUGGGGUGGAGAAGUCCCCGGGUACAAGUCCACAAGAGUCUAAGAAGAGUGGCAUCGGCAGCGUGUCUGAACUUUUGAGGCGUUCCAGUCGUGACAUGUGGCUGGCUGCCACCGUUUCGGAAGGCCGAGAAGCUGGAGAGCUGAAGCACCAGGAUCCGGACCCAGAGAGUGUGCAAAGAAGAGACAGUGUUUCAGAGCUCUUGAGACGCUCGAGCCGUGACAUGUGGCUAGCUGCGAUGUCUAGCGAGGGAUCAGAGGGGAAGGCGGAGAAGGCAAGCGCGGACGACCGGAGAAGUGGACGCAUCAAGCCUGUCGCAGCUGCAAAGGCUCACAAUAACAGGAGAGGAGAGGGCUCUGCAAACGACCACUCCGGUCCUACCAGGGAGACGGAGGAGACCGGAAAAAAGUGCCACUCGAAUACUGUUGACAGCUUAUCGUCCCAAGGACAGAUCGACAUAACCAAAGCCCCGAGUUUCGGCUCAUCCGUUGGCAGUCAGGAGGACGUAGUGCGUGCUUUGCGUUCCUGGAGUCGACGUCAGUGGUCGUUGGAUGCCCAGGACACGAUUGCUGUGUUCGAUGCUUCCUCAGAGGAAGAACGAACCAAGUCUCCCGUGUUGAACGAUGAGCACGUUUUUGAAGCAAUCGAGAAAGAAACCGCACCUGGCGCGGCUCUGCGACAGCGACCGCCACGUCGCCGCUAG